AAACUAUAGCUAGUACAGUCACAUUGCUUGUUUGGGUUUUGGAGCUAGCCCAAAACCAAGAAAGAUGUUUGUUGUUUCUUCUCAAAUGUUGUUAAGCUUGUUCUUCUUCUUCUAUUAUGUCUCAUGUCUUGUUGGCAUUGCACAUUGUUCCAAUGGCACAAGAAGAGCACCACUUCAUCGUCACCAACUCUCAAUUGACUUCUACUCCAAGACUUGUCCUCAACUGGACCAGCUCGUCUCCUCAGUCACCUCUCGACGUUUCCGGGAGUCUCCGGUCUCGGCUCCGGCCACCAUUCGUCUUUUUUUCCAUGAUUGUUUUGUUGAAGGAUGUGAUGGAUCAAUAUUGAUAGCGGGUAGUGAUGGAAGUAAAGUCGGAGUGGAAAGAGAUGUUGGAGAUAAUAAGAGUUUGGCUCAAGAGAGUUUUGAGUUAGUUAAUGAAGUGAAGAGUCUUGUGGAGACCAAGUGCCCUGGUGUUGUUUCUUGUGCUGAUGUUCUUGCCAUUGCUGCUAGAGAUUUCGUUCAUUUGGCAGGAGGACCAUACUACCAAGUAAAGAAAGGAAGAAGAGACAGCAAAGUCUCAUUAGCAUCAAAGGUGAAGCUGAACCUCCCAAAGUCCAACUCCACCAUUGAUGAACUCCUCCAUCUCUUCACCUCCAAAGGCCUCAAUGUCACAGACCUGGUCGCCCUCUCAGGUGCACAUACCAUUGGUUUCUCACACUGUGAUCAAUUCCUCACUCGUCUUUACAACUACAAUGGCACCAAGAAACCUGACCCAUUUAUUGACCCUCGCCUUCUUAAAGCUCUUCAAAUGUAUUGCCCUCGCUUUGGUGGUAACUCUGAUAUCAUGGCACCUUUUGACGUGCAAACGCCGUUUGUUUUUGAUCAUAUGUAUUAUGGUAAUCUUGAGGCUAACAUGGGGUUGCUUGCCACUGAUCAAGGGUUGCUCUUGGAUGCUAGGACAAGGCCUUUGGUGCAAGCUUUUGGGAAGGAUAAGGGUUUGUUUUUUCAAGCCUUUUCUUUGGGGAUGGAGAAGAUGGGUGCUAUUAGGGUUAAGAGAGGUAGGAAAGGAGAGAUUAGGAAGGUUUGUAGUAAACAUAAUAACAACUUGGUUUCAUGAAUAUGUGUGUGUGUGUGUGUGUGUGUGUGUGUGUUUUUUG